CAGACCAGCAUCAGCAGGAGGUGCCUCAGAGGCGUCCUGGAGGCGCGUCUCUCUCUCUCUGUCUCGCAGUCUCUCCCGACUUUCGUUGUUGUCUGGACACCCAGGAUUUCUGUGCCCGCUCCGGUGCAGGAGCCGCAUGUGAGGUCUCCGGAGAGGCCCCCGCGGUGUUGGAAACCUGGCCAAGGCAUCUCCUCUCCCUCCUUCUCGCUCUCUCCUCGGCGGCGAUGCUUCUGCCUGUGGGCGCCUUCUUCCUCGCCCUGCUGCAGGUGCUCAGCGCCCAGAAGCAAGACAAGAUUCCUCAGAACAGCACCACUGAGGCGGCAGUGGUAUCCUUCCAUGAUGUGUGGAAUCGCAGCUUAUGCCAGCCUUUGGAAAAGCUGGUCAAUGUUGUGUCGGAGUACCCCAGUGAAGUUGAGCACGUGUUCAGCCCUCCCUGUGUUCCUUUGCACCGCUGCAGUGGAUGCUGCCAAGAUGAGAGGCUCCAGUGCGUCCCAGUGGAGACAGCCAAUGUCACCAUGCAGCUUGUGAAGAUUAAUUCAGAGAAGCCCAUGCCGUAUGUAGAGCUGUCCUUUGUGGAGCACAGGAAAUGUGUCUGCAGGCCACGGCAAGAUGCUCUGAAAUCAGGGAGGAGGAGGAGACCCAAGGGACGCAGCAAGAGGAAGCGAGCAAAGCAGAAAAUCAAAAAUUGAUCUCUGUGUGUACCGUUUGAUGGAGAUGGCUGCUUUGUCAGCAGAUGGCUGGCAAAUGCCACGAUGGCUGCUUUUAUUACUCAGUCCUCGUCAACACUUCUCUACCCAUGAACCAAUUGCAUUUUUGACUGAAUAAUUUGAGGGGAGUCCCAGCAGCUCCCUUGCUUGCCAGUCUUGACCAAAAAAAAGAGGGGAGAGACAACAUUGCAGUAGGAAUAUAUCAGGCCAUUAUUAGGAACGUGCCUAUUAAAAUCCCAUCACAGCAUGUUGCCAGGCCAGGCAAAUGCAGCAGCUGGACAGGAAGCUGUGUGUUUGUCUAGAUCUGUGCCCUGCCUAUACAUAACCAAUAUUUCACAUGGAUAUCUGCAGAACAUGGAUUAAAAUGGAAGUAUGAGGAAAGAGAAGUUGUCCCUGCUGAUAGGUACAAUGUUUUCUAGUUUGAAGAACCUGGAAUUAACCAGCUCAGUACUGAAACUGAACUGUCUGGAUGCUUCAACAUAUCCUACUGGAGAAUGAGGUAUAAAAAAAGACACAACACAGGAAGGGCUUGAGUCAAGGUUGUUGUCUUGUUAUCCAUCAAGCUGGUUGCACUGGGAACACUUUGUUGGUGAAGGACUUGGAUUUCAGAAGAAAGGAUACUUCUUCAGCAUCAAUGUAUCUAAUACAAUCCUUAAUUUUGUUGAAUUGAUAGAUGGACUAAGGCAGUGGUUCUCAACCUUCCUAAUGCCGCAACCCAUCAAUACAACUCCUCAUAUUGUGGUGACCCCCAACCAUAAAAUUAUUUUCGUUGCUACUUCAUAACUGUAAUUUUGCUAUUGUUAUGAAUCAUAAUGUAAAUAUGCAGGAUGUAUUUUCCUUCACUGGACCAAAUUUGGCACAAAUACCUGAUACACCCACAUUUGAAUACUGGUGGGGUUAGAGGGGAUUGGUUUUGUCAUUUGGGAGUUGUAGUUGCUGGGAUUUAAAGUUCACCUACACUCAAAGAGCAUUCUGAACCCCACCAAUGAUAAAAUUGG